CGUGCUGGACCCCUCAGUCCUCCUCUGUGACUCCAGGUAAGAGGUGCUCAAUGGCCCCUAAGAAGAAAGAAGAACCGAAACCCGCAGCACCUCCCAAACCUCCCGAGCCUGAGCGGCCCAAGACCCCCGAGUUUGACCCCGCAUCAGUGACGCUGGAAUUCACCCCCGAGCAAAUUGAGGACUUCAAAGAUGCCUUUCAGCUGUUUGACAUUACACCAAAAAACGAGAUGAAAAUCACCUACGCUCAGUGUGGUGAUCUCAUUAGGGCUUUGGGCCAGAACCCAACGAACAAGGAGAUCAUGUAUGUUCUUGGAAAACCCAAACCUGAAGACAUGCAGACGAAGAUGCUUGACUUUGACCAGUUUCUGCCCAUUCACCAACACAUCUGUAAGGCCAAAGACCGGGGAACAUAUGAGGACUUUGUUGAGGGCCUUCGUGUGUUUGACAAAGAGGGGAAUGGUACUGUAAUGGGCGCUGAGCUCAGGCACGUUCUGGCAACGCUAGGUGAGAAGAUGAAGGAGAAUGAAGUGGAACAGCUAAUGCAAAACCAAGAAGAUGCUAACGGAUGCAUAAAUUAUGAGGCUUUUGUUAAACACUUAUUGGCAUCUUAAAUGGCAUACAGUAUGUGUCUCUGUCAGUUUUCUUGUAAUUGUGAUGUUUAUUUCUCCUUCACCAUGAGAAUGUGGUGAAGGAGUUUCUGUAUUUUACGUCCAUGUGUGCCAGAUGGAUCGGCAAAAACUGCAUUGCAAAAAUGCUGUAAAUUAUCUUAAAUAAAGAAAUCUUCUUGAACUUUUCCAAAAA